UAUAUUUUCAUCUUAAGUAAACGUCUUAAUCGUCUUCUUAAGUAUUAAUCUCUUCCUCCAUUUAAUCGAAAAGUUAAAAGAAAGUUUAUAAAAUGUGUUCAAUUUCGAAAGCAAAAUUAUUAUUUACUCUACCUUAUUUGGUUACAUUGAUGUUCUUAAUAAUCAAUACACCAUCUUGUGAGGGUUCUGAGAAAUUUUGUGGUCAAAAGCUUAAUCAAGCUUUGAGUGUUAUUUGUGAUGGUAGUUAUCCAAAUAUUCCAGUGAAAAAAUCAAUUGCACCAGAAGAAGACUACAAAAGUGAUUUUGAAGAUGAUUUUAUUAAUGCCUUAGAAUAUUCACCAUUUAUGUCGAAGCAACUAUUAGAAACAUUGACAAAAACCCGCCGAAGGAGAUUAGGAAUUGCUGACGAAUGUUGCAAGAAGGCUUGUACCAUGGAUGAACUCAAAACUUACUGCCGUCCUAAGUUUAAUUUCAGAUUAAAUUAAUUUUUAAAGUGAAUAGACUUAAGUUUGACAUAAAAAAAAGUUCAAUAUUUAACUAAAAUGAUAAUUCCGAUUUUAUGUACUAAAAAUAUAAAUGUAUAACAAAUGUGUGUGAUUUUAAUCGCAAGUCAAAAGAUUAUCGGGAAGCUUAUGAACUGUAUUUUGAUAAUUUAAUUCGAGUUUCGCAAUAAACUAAUAUCCCCAUAUAAUAGUUCUU